AUUAAAAUUGAUAACCCCUUUAAGGCAUACUUGUAUAAAAAUUAUAUCACUAGCAAGUAUCCAAGGUACCUACCUAUGAGAUAAAAUAUAUAGUUUCAUAGAAAACAGGCAUCGCCCAUACACUCAUUAGGUGCUUUUUAAAUGGCGCGCUUGACAACUUGUUUGUGAACGUGCUUGAUAAAAUGUUCAAAACGACUAAAAAAAAUUGUUGACAAUGAUAUUGGGCACAUUGCGUGAAAGUCAAACUUCUUUUUGUAAGUUAGAACUGAAUAAUGUAAAGUGAAUUCAGAAACUUCUCUUCAUACCUAAAAGAAAAUGGAUACAGAUUAAAAUGGAUGUUGUCCUCUCCUCAGCAUCUUUUUUUGUCACAACUUUUCAAACAUCAGUAUAGUGUGGAUGUAAGAAGAACAUGAGAUUACUGAAAUGUGAUAUUCCCAAGAGACAUGUUAUUGUAUUCAUGAUAUUUUUGGGCUACACCAACAUAACACUUCUGCAUACAAAUCUAUCAAUGGCAGUGGUGGAUAUGACCACACUCAAAAAUAUAUCAUCCAGUUCAGGAAACUUCUUUGAAAUGAAAGUAGAUUAUAACUGGACCUUGGAGCAAAAAAGUCUAAUACUGGGUUCUUAUUCAUAUGGCCGAUUACUCAGUCCCAUAGGAGGCAUAUUGGCGAGUAAAUUUGGUGGAAGCACAAUAUGCAAUGUUGGAAAUUUUGCCAUGGCCAUUAUCACUUUGCUAUCUCCUGUUCUGCUGAAUAUUGACUUUACAUUAUUUUUCAUCAUGUAUGUAGUGUUUGGAGCAUUUGAGGCACUUAUUAUUACAGGAGUGCCAGAAAUAAUUGCACGAUGGGCUCCACUUGAAGAACAUUCCAGGUUUGUUUCAUUUGGAGAAGUUGGUAUUUUUUUUGGUUCUAUUGUAUCAUUCCCACUAUCCGGCAUAAUCUUGGGAAAAUGUGAUUGGCAAACGUUGUUUUAUUACAGUGGAUUGGCUUCAUUCAUAUGGUCUUGCCUUUGGUUAAUUGUUGUCAAAAAUGAACCGUCGCAAGAUAAACACAUGAGUGAAUCAGAACGAAAGUAUAUAGAAGAAAGUAUAAAUUACGAACCUACUGAAGAAAAGUUGAUAUAUCCUUGGAGAAAGAUUGCUACAUUUAUGCCUCUAUGGGUUGCUUCUCUAGCUGAUUUCUCUAUUUUAUGUGGUUUGAUAUUCACAGCUGUGUUCCUACCUCAAUGCAUUGAAGACACCACAAAAACCGGUAUAAUAAAUACUGGACUUAUUUCCACAAUUCCUCAGAUAUGUGCCCUUAUUUCAAUGCCUGUCAGUGGCUGUAUAGCUGAUUACAUCAGAUCACUCAAGAAAAUCUCAGUCACCAAUCUACAUCGACUUUUUGCUAGUAUCAGUUUACUUGGUGCUUCAGUGUUCUACGCUGUGGUGGUACUAUGUCCCAACUUCUUAGUUGAUAUUGUCGCUAUAUCCUUAUAUCAGUUCUUCAGCACUUUCAUUGUGGCAGACAUAACAGUUUUAUUCUUGGACAUCUCGCCAAAGUACACAGCUUUUUUCAUGUCUAUUGUGAACACAUGUGCUGUUUGUUCUGGUUUCAUUGUGCCAAUUGUGGUGGAAUUUGUUGUUACAUCUCAUAGUCUUUCUCAAUGGAAUAUUUGCUUCAUGAUAUACAGCAGUAUGUAUCUUUGCGUAGCCUUACUCUACUUGAAAUUUGUUUCUGCUGAGCAACUAUCUUGGGCUAUUUCUGAAUCAACGACUGAUCAAAACAUGGAAAUGAAAUCAAAUGUUAUUAACUCAACCAAAUUGUAGAUGGAGAUCAGUCUUGCUCUCCAAGCAUAUGAAAUAUAAUUUUUUAAAAGGA